GUCUCUCGUCCAGUCGAGCAGACUUCCCUUGAGCGAAGAGUCGUAGCGUUGACGACCAAGGAAAGGCGCGCGUGGCCAAUCAGCUGCGAGGAGCUUACCUGUGUGGAGAGUGAGGGAAGCCUUCAGAGCAACGAUGAGUUACCUCGUCAACUGGAUGCCUUUGGCCCCACUCACGGACGAGGAACUCUGUAGCAGAGGAGUCGGUAUCAAGGAGGAGCUCAACGAUGGGGUCACCGAAGAGACAUGUCUGGAUAUUAAGGACGAACCACUGGAUUACGGAGAAGUGGGGGAGGAAGUGAGCGACCGGAAAGUGAAAUCCGAAGGAUUUUUCUUUCAAAAUCUGCAUGACCUAAGGCAUAAAGCGAAAGAAAAAUUCUCUUGUGAUUUGGUUCAGGAUCGCAAUGACGUCUUAGGAACGUCAUUUGUGGCUGAGGACAGUGGGAGCAAGUGUUCAUCAGAUGGGAAUCAGGCGAUGUACAAGGAAAGUCCUGAGGGGGAUAUACGACUAAAAAUGAAAGCUACAUUGAAACGUUUUGUAUGUGACGUGUGUGGCAAAAAAUUCUCUUCUCGGAGUGGGAUCGAAGUUCAUAUGAGAGUCCACACAAAGGAGAAGCCAUACAUGUGUGAUAUUUGCAAUAGGAGCUUCCCAUACAAAGGCUGUCUUGUAAAUCAUGUCAAAAUACAUACACUGGAAAAACCAUACAGCUGUGAAAUUUGCAAUAAGAAUUUUUCUGUGAAUAAUCAUCUAGUAAGGCACAUGGCAGUACAUUUAAAGAAAACAUUUAGCUGUGAUACUUGCAACAAGGACUUCCCAAGGAAAAUCUUCCUUGAAAGGCAUAUCAGAGUACAUACAAAGGAAAAAACCAUAUAGCUGGAAAUUUGCAAUAAAGCUUUCACUGAGAAAGGUACUCUAACAAGGCACAUGGCAGUGCAUUCGAAUGAAAAGCCAUUCAGUUGUGAUAUUUGCAAUAAGGCUUUCCCAACUAAAUUGAACUUAGUGAGGCAUUGGAGAGUACAUACAAAGGAGAAACCAUAUAGCUGUGAAAUUUGCAAUAGGGCAUUUUCCGAAAAAAGUCAUGUAGUAAGGCAUAUAGCAGUACAUUCAGAGGAAAAGCCAUUCAGAUGUGAUAUUUGCAAUAAGACCUUUACAAGCAAAAGCUCUCUUGAAAUUCAUAUCAGAGUACAUACAAAUGAGAAACCAUUUAGCUGUGAGAUUUGCAACAUGGCUUUUUCACGCAAAUUUUCUUUAGUGAGACAUAUGAAAGUACAUACAAAAGAGAAGCCAAACAAGGUUCUCUCAGACAUAUAUCUAGUGGGACAUAGGAGAAUACAUAUCAGGGACAGGCUAUACAUCCGAGAAGUCUGUAACGGUUUUCUCAGACAAAUGCGACGUAUGGAAGUACAUACAAAGAAGAAGCCAUACAGAUUUAAGAUAUGCAAUACGGCAUUUCCACCGAAACAAAUUAUGGUGAAGCACAUGAGAGUACAUACAAAAGAGAAGCGAAUGUAUGCCUCGUAUCAGGACCAUGCACCACCCGCUGAUCUCUUCCCUUUGCUCUCGGGACUCACAAAUUCCUACGGACAGUGCUUCCUAAGGACUUUGCUUCCAGCCAAACUUCACAACAUAAUCCUUUGUGUGAACUACAUCUCAGACCCUAAGAUCCUGUGGUUCGUUCGAGUCGUGAGCGAGUCCCGUCACUUCCUGCCUGAUGGACGAAAAGGCAGUCCGGAACGGAAAACGAGAUCAUGCCCUAAGGCAUACGGACGUGAUGGCCCCGUGUCCCCCAAGCCUUUUCGACCUUUGACCCCUUCACGGAAUCCUACAUAUCUUAUCGACACCAAGGAAUAUAGCAGUAGUAUAGAUAAGAAGGAGAGCAAAGGUCAGCUCUCAAAAGAAGUAAAUGAAAUAAAACCCCAAGGCGUAAAUAUCCCAAGGGAUACUUUGGACUGCAGUGAAGACCCCUGGGCCAGCCCUCCCCCAUCCCCAGGACCCGGGAAGGAGCCUCAGGUCCUUCCCUCUCCCUUCGUCUCUCGUCCAGUCGAGCAGACUUCCCUUGAGCGAAGAGUCGUAGCGUUGACGACCAAGGAAAGGCGCGCGUGGCCAAUCAGCUGCGAGGAGCUUACCUGUGUGGAGACAACAAUGAGUUUCCUCGCCGAUUGGAUGCCUUUGGAACUCUUUAGCAGAGGAGUCGGUAUCAAAGAGGAGCCCAACGACGGGGUCACCGAAGAGACGUGUCUGGAUAUUAAGGACGAACCACUGGAUUACGGAGAGGAAGCGGGGGAGGAAGUGAACGACGGGAAAGAGAAAUCUGAUGGACUUUUCUUUCAAAAUCUGCAUGAACUGAGACAUGAAGCAAAAGAAAAGGAAUUGUGUGACCUUGACAGUGGGAGCAAGUGUUCAUCAGAUGGAAAUCAGGCGAUGUACAAGGAAAAUCUUGAGGGGGGUAUACAAACAAAAAUGAAAGCUACAUUGAAACGUUUUGUGUGUGACGUGUGUGGCAAGAAAUUCUCUUCUCGGAGUAAGAUCGAAAUUCAUAUGAGAGUCCACACAAAUGAGAAGCCAUUCAUGUGUGAUAUUUGCAAUAAGACAUAUUUUCAGAAAAGUCAUCUAGUAAGGCACAUGAUGACAAUGCAUUCAAAUAAUGUUCCAUUCACUUGUGGCACUUGCAAUAAGUCCUUUAAAUGCAAAAGCUAUCUUCUAAAGCAUAUUAGAGUACAUACAGAAGAACCAUAUAGCUGUGAAAUUUGCAAAAAGUCCUUCCCACACAAAAGCUCUCUUGUAAAUCAUGUCAGAAUACAUACAAAAGAGAUUUGGUGCGAGAUUUGCAACAAGACUUUCUCACAAAAGAAUAAUCUAGUGAGACACACAAAAAUACAUACAAAAGAGAAGCCAUAUAGCUGUGAGAUUUGCAACAAAGAUUUCAUACAGAAAAGUAACCUGGUGGGUCACAUGAGAGUACAUACAAAUGAGAAGCCAUAUAGCUGUGAGAUUUGCAGCAGGGCUUACUCAGACAAAAGGGGUCUAGUGAGACAUAUGAGGAUACAUACAAAGGAGAAGCCAUGCAGCUGUGAGAUUUGCAAAAUGGUAUUUUCACGGAAAGACAUUAUGGUGAGGCACAUGAAAGUACAUAGAAAAGAGAAGGCAUGUAUAGAAUGGAACCUCACAGAAUCGUUACCUAGUGCCACACAUGAGAAUGCAUGAAGCCAAACAGCCGUGAGCUUUGUAUUAGUUCUCGUUCUAUAUAUAUUUGUACAUAAAGGUCAAAGUCUGUAAAUAUCCUUUCACCCAUAAAGAAUUUUCUCCUGGGGAUCAUGAGCAGCAUCAAUCAGCAUCAUAUUUUAUCCCAAAGGAAUACACUACUUGACAUUAUUGGGGAUAAAUUGGCCUAAAUUUUGUAGGAUCUCUCUUUUCUGAAUUGUGUUUACAUGAUAUUCUUAAUGUGUAUUUCUUGCCAAGACAAUAAACUUUCACGAAUCAUA